AUGGCGGGAGACUUCUCGGGCUGUACGGCGCGAAAGAAAAACCGGGCGCAAUCCAUCGAGUACAACCCGGUGAAAACAGACGGUAGUGGCGAAAAUUCGAAGCAACCCACAAACCCACUCACCACCCGGAGCGGACUGCGUGUGUAUAAGAUCGUCAUUCUCGGCGACGGUGGCGUUGGCAAAUCCGCCGUUACGCUUCAGUUCGUGAGCCACAGCUUCCUGGACUAUCAUGAUCCGACGAUCGAGGAUUCGUACCAGCAGCAGGCCGUUAUCGAUGGGGAGGCAGCGCUACUGGACAUCCUGGAUACGGCCGGGCAGGUCGAAUUCACCGCCAUGCGUGACCAGUACAUGCGGUGCGGAGAAGGCUUUAUCAUAUGCUACUCGGUUACGGAUCGGCACAGCUUUCAGGAGGCGUCUGAGUACCGGAAACUGAUUGCUCGCGUACGCCUCACGGAGGACAUCCCGCUUGUGCUGGUGGCGAAUAAGCUCGAUCUGCAGUCCCAGCGGAAGGUAUCGACGGAGGAAGGGAAAACCCUUGCCAAGCAGUUUGGUUGUCCGUUUUAUGAAACCUCGGCCGCGUUGAGACAUUACAUCGAUGAAGCGUUUUUUUCACUGGUGCGUGAAAUACGCCGAAAGGAGGAACAACGGGCGUUGAAUGGUGGUUCCAGCUCGGAAAAGAUCCACCCACGGCGGCGUAGCCGUUGGUGGCGCUUGCGGUCAAUAUUUGCCCUCGUCUUUAGACGCCGACGCAAUGUCACCGGAAUCAAUCAAUAA